ACAGCUUGGGGAUACUUACCUUAUUACCCAGAAUACAAAGAGUGUCUUUCCACUUUUCCCCGCACUGUGAAUAGGAAUAGCAGAGAGCAGCAGCGGUGUGUAAUUUACUCAGUAGAACGAGGGGAUCCACAGACCGAGGAGGCUCCUGCUUUCUGCACAGGCCGAGGCAGCGCGGCGCUGGAAGGAGUCAUCUCGGCUGUGUCCUUGUCAUCUCUACAUGAAUGGUGCCUUGGUCUGGAAGCACGAUGCCAGCUUGGCCCGGCGACAGGAAAGAGGCCCUCGAGGAGAAUAUCUAACCAACUCACCAGUGGAGUGGCGAGGAGAGGAGCGUUUGUCCUCGGCCGGUGGAGCUCAGAUGGGAGGCAGUGCUGCCUCUGGUUGGGACUGGGGAUGCUGAACGGGGGGAGGGAGGGCCUGUUUGAGCUGGGACAGCAGCUCCAGCAGCAGGGGGAGUACCAGGCCGCCCUCCACUGCUUCCUCAGCUGCCUGUUGGGACUGACCCAUGUGCAGAGCUUCACCUCUCUGCCCAACUGUCUACACCAGAUUGCAGAACUCUUCAUCACUGAAAAGAAUUAUGGGAAGGCCCUUCAGUUCAUCCAGGCUGAAAAAAUGUUCUACGAGGUGGCACUGAUAGAGCUCACCGCUCUCCAGGGGAGCACAGGGCCUCAGGAGGAGGCUAUGUUGGGCUCUGCAGGAUGGGCCACCCCAGAGGAGCUUUCAGAGCAGGCCUCCCAGGCACAGCACCUCGAACGGCUGGCCCAGCUCUGCAUCAUGAGCAAACGGCCUCAUCUUGCUUUAGAAUACAGUGGUAAGGCCACUAAGAUCCACCAGAGGGCCUUUGGUAAUGACCACCCAAUAACAGCCCGGAGCCUGGAGCUUUUGGCCACUGUCUAUGCUGAGAUUGGCAAGACUGAAUAUUCAGACUCCCUGGGUCAGUGUGUGUCCGCGCUGUCCAAACGGUUUGCUGCUGCCGAGUCCGUCAAAGACACCGUCAACUGUCUUCCUCAUUCCCACCGGGAGAAACACUCAGAGGUCCGCCACCGGAAGGACACCCACCACCAACAGGAGGAUACACUGAGACCCAAGGUAACCAAUGGUAAAGUCCCCACCUCCAUACUAAAGAGGCCCGGCCCCAGCUGUGGGUCAGACACAGAACCCGCUCACAGACGGAAGGGCGAGCGCAGGGUUCGAUUCAGGGAGCCAGAGACCACUGUACAUGCCUACGAGACGACACCGACUCGCCCCCACCUUGCCCUCUUCACCUGCCUCUUCCUGCUGAUGUCAUUCCUGGGCGUGGCCAUGUACUGCACAGACCGCCGGCGCCCACAGCGGGUGUGUGAGGAGCUCGAGGCCUCGCUGGCCAUCUACCUACUGCAUAUGAAGCAGCUUCUCUGGGGCUGCUGGAUAUGGCUGACAAUGCAGUGACUGCGACCGACCACAGGUGGAGACAUGGAGUGUCAUUUAAUGAUUUCAGACCCCUCUUUUCCUGUCUUUGACGGUGUGCAGGCCUACAAACACCUCAGCCCCCUUGGCAGCCUCUCUGCACACAGUCUGUGGUGUUGAGAUGAACUGCUCUCACACUGAAAAAUGUGUUAUCGCAGAAAUAUGUAGCUUCCAUGUCUGUAUGUAUAUGUACCAAGGUGGUGGAUAUGCCACUCUUGACGUAAGGUGUAAUGACGUUUUGCACAUCGGCUAUGUUGAUGCUCACAUUAUGCUCACUUAAUCACAACAAUCAUUUGAUUUGUCAUGUCACAAUCUAUUGUAUGUGAGUGAAUGUUUCCAUGGAAUGCAAAUAUUUAUUUUAUUACAGUACUACAUCGUUUGUGUAUAUCAGAUAUGACACAGAACUGAAUGUGUAUAUGGUUCAGUAUACUAAGGACUAUCACAAUGUUCAGCCUUGUACUUGCACAUAAAUGAUUGUAGAGUUGUCUGGAAAUGGCUUUCAGUUGGUACAGCACACAUUUGCGAUGUGGAGGAUGGAAGCACAAAUGUGAAAAGUCUGAAAACGAUCCACAAGAACGAGCCACAGGGCUGCAACACGUCACCACACCAGGCUGAACGACUAAACGCGUGGAAAAACUCUUCCUUUACAGACUUUAUACCGUGUAGUCCUCUGUACAUCUGACUGUCUUUAGUCAAAUAGAUGGUUGAUUCCUAGUUGGGAGUUGGAGGAGAAAAUCUGCAGCACAAUAUUAUGAAUUCUCUCCUUAUCUAUCAUCCAACAGAAUAUACUCUAACUGAAUGAAUGCUAAUGCUUUUGACAGUAUUCCUCUUUGUAACUGCUUGAAUGCCACAAAAUGAUAACCUUUAUCCUAAAUAUUUAUUCUUCUAUAUUGUAUUGCUGCAUCUACGCAAAUAUCCAAAUUUUCAUUAUUUUUACUUUUUUUUUUUUUUUUUUUUGUUACCUGUCACAUUUCUAUUUUUUAAAAGAGUCAAUCUUCAGGUUUUAAUCUUGAUGUCAAUCAAGCUUUGGACAAGUUUUUGGAAGGGUGUGGUCUUCGGAAAUUGUCAAGGUACACACACAAAAAUAAAAUUUAAAAAAAAAAAAAAAAAAAACUAGGAUGUACCCCAAUAUGUAAAGUUUUAGUAUGAGGCCAAACA